GAUACUGUGAAACUGGCCCCUGAUACCGCGCUCGUGUGCAUGCUAAACACGUCACGCCAUUCGUUCUCAUCCCAACGUCUUUCUGUCAUUUAUCCGAGAUAAAGUCUUGAGUGAAGAUAAUUCAUUUCCAUACGUCAGAAAAUUGGUUGGAUACUACAGUGAGCUAUUCUUAUCUCACAAGAUGAACAGUACAUUCAACUUCCUGUUUUUCUCUAUAAUCAAUAUGGUUUGUGGGUAAGGCCACAAAGCAAAAAGCACCUUUGUCAUAACCAUUUGUACUUGUAGUCUCUCUUUCACACACACACAAACACACACACACAAACAGUGCCGAUGCUGAUUCAUAUUGAGAAAAGGAACUGACAGCAUUUUGUAGUUUCCUGCCAAGUGUGCAGAAAGUCUGGGUCAGGUUCAUGCACACACACACACACACAAACACGCAUGCACACAAACAGAAACACACACGACGCAUCCGUACACCCCCGCGCACGCGCCUCUCGAUUACAUCUUUCUCGAUUGACAGUCGUGACGGAGGCCAGUGGAAAAGAAAAAAGUCAUUACCCACUGUCCGUCCCUCUAGAUUUCCAAUCUCCACAAACAAGCGGUUUUCCUGGGUCCCCAAGGAUUCUUAUAUAAAGGUGAAUCUCUACCUGUUGACAGUAUGAAGGACAAACAAAGCUGCAAUAGAGAAAGCAAAGAGCUGAAAGAUGAAGACAUCUAUUUGCAUUCUGUUCGCAGUGACGUGUUUGGUCGUAGCGACGGCUGAAGAUUCUCCGACCGUCCUGACGCUCAAUAAAGUUAUGUUUGAACUCAAGAAGAUAAAGGAAUGGAGCAAAGGACAGGACAAUAAUACACCGAUCCACUCGCCUACUGUCAAUGAUAUAGAGGACUGCUGUAUUGCAUCUGCUCUCGAAUGUUUUCAAUCCAAAUGGAUUGAAUUCCCUGUCAAUGACAAGCUGAAGAAAUCACAGAUAACAAUCAAAAGGAAUCUAGGAAAAACAUUCAUUGUUAAGAGUGUGUCCAGUUGCAGUCCAGAAGAGACAAAGAAAGCCAAGUGCAAAACGUGUGACUCGUACCCCCUGGUUCACAGACAUAAGUUUUUAGAGAACUUUCACACUCUCCUGCAAAAGAUCUUCGUCAGACUGCAAUAGAGAUGAGUACAGUGAGAAAGUGUACAUGACACUACCACAGCAGAGUCCCCCAACUGCGCCGCUGCUCUAAGAUCCUGCCUUUCUAUUUAUUACUUAUUUAUUGAACAUUUUCGUGUUUAUUUUGAGAUCCGUUGCAUUUUCGUGUUUUAUUAAGAGAUCUGUUUUAGGACAGCUGGCUGAACAGUAUAAUGCAGAUGUUUGUACGUUAACUUAAACGGCUUCAAUUUUGUCGAAUGAGAAGUUUGUCGCACCACCUUGUGUUGAGAUCAUCAAACUGCUGUUUUAAUAAUGUGACUGUUCCUGGAAAGAAACUGUAGGGUGGUUUCCCUACUGAAGAUUAAGAUAAAAGAUAAAAAGUGCUUUUUAGAUGAUAUGUGACCCUUUCUGUGAAAUCCAGGCUAAAGUCUCAUAAUCCAAUGCAUCAAAGCUUGAUUUCGCAUUAAUCUUACUCAGUCAAUAUUCUGAGUAUAUAAUAUCAAGGUUAUAUUUUCACAGAAUGUUGCAGGAUAAUUUUAAGUAAAAAACUGUAAAUCACAAAAAAAAGACUUUAGCUGGGUUUUCACAGGCUGGGUCACUAUUUUCACGGUGAUGUAUCUUGACAAUACAUUUUAUUUUUAAUGUCUGUCAGGAAAGGCACUUUUAUAGAUCAGAUAAACACUGAUAUCUCACAUUGAGAUGUAUGUAUUGU